AGACAGUAGGCGAGAGUAAACAAGGAUCCUGAGAAUUACUGCUCUGGGGUUCUCAAUAUGGCCACAAUGGGUGCUGGUCAAAUAUUGACAAUCUUGUUAUUUGUUCUGGUAAAUGGAGAGGUCACUUCAGGACAAACAACCACUGUCACUCCAGCUACCAUGACCAUAAACGAAACAACAGCCGCUACAGCUGUUGUAACAAGCACCACCUCUGAAGCAACAACCACAGGUGUUGCAACAACCACCACAUCAGUUCAAACAUCAACCACAGCUCAUACAAUAACAACAACCGCAUCAGCUCCAACAGCAACCAUAGAAGCUCCAUUAGCUACCACAGCUCCAACUGCAACUACAUCAGCUCCGACAACAGCUCCAACAGCAACCACAGCUGACACAACAACCACCACAGGUGCUCCAACAACUAUCACCGCAGCUCCAACAGCAACCACAGUGGCUCCAACAACAACAGGUACUGCAACAACAGCCACAACAGCUGCAACAACCACAGCAGCUGCAACAACAGCCACGGCUGCUGCAUCAACAACAACGGCUGCUCUUGCAACUACAACAGCUGCUCCAACAACAUCAGCUGCUGCUCCAGAUACCACAGGUGCUCCAACAACAACAGGUUCUUCAACAUCAACCACAGCAACUGCAACAGCAGCCACAGCUGCUGCAUCAACAACGACAGCUGCUCUUGCACCUAUAACAGCUGCUUCAACAACCACAGCAGCUCCAACAACAACAACCAUAGGUGCUCCAACAACAACCACAGCUGUGCCAACAACAACAACAGCAACCACAGCUGCUCCAACAACAACAGGUUCUUCAACAUCAACCACAGCAACUGCAACAGCAGCCACAGCUGCUGCAUCAACAAUGACAGCUGCUCUUGCACCUAUAACAGCUGCUUCAACAACCGCAGCAGCUCCAACAACAACAACCACAGGUGCUCCAACAACAACCACAGCUGUGCCAACAACAACAACAACAACCACAGCUGCUCCAACAACAACAGGUUCUUCAACAUCAACCACAGCAACUGCAACAGUAGCCACAGCUGCUGCAUCAACAACGACAGCUGCUCUUGCAACUAUAACAGCUGCUUCAACAACCGCAGCUGCUCCAACAACAACAGGUUCUUCAACAUCAACCACAGCAAUUGCAACAGCAGCCACAGCUGCUGCAUCAACAACGACAGCUGCUCUUGCACCUAUAACAGCUGCUUCAACAACCGCAGCAGCUCCAACAACAACAACCACAGGUGCUCCAACAACAACCACAGCUGUGCCAACAACAACAACCAAAGCUGCUCCAACAACAACAGGUUCUUCAACAUCAACCACAGCAACUGCAACAGCAGCCACAGCUGCUGCAUCAACAACGACAGCUGCUCUUGCACCUAAAACAGCUGCUUCAACAACCGCAGCAGCUCCUCCAACAACAACCAAAGCUGCUCCCAUACCAGUUGUUAUUCUUACCGCAGUUGUUGUCACACCCUAUCAACCUGCGCUUGCCGAUAAAAGCAGUCCACAAUUUAAGGCACUUGAGGCACAAGUGGUACAAGUGUAUGAUAUUAUUUAUAAAGCUCGAUAUGGCCGACUUUUCAUCCGUGUUAUUGUUAUAGCAUUUAGAUCUGCUGCGACGAGAACGCGUGAGUCUAACACUGAAGCAGAGGUACAGCUUGUGUUUAACGAAACUGCAACACCUGCAGAAAUCCCAAAGGCUGCAGAUGUAGCACAAACCUUAAAAGAAGCUGUGUCAAAUCCCAACAAUACUUUCAACUUAACUGUUGAUGCUGCAUCUGUCCAAGUAUUCACAAUAAUCCCAACAACUGCAGUCCCCACAGUCAAUACUACUGAUACUGGAAACACAACCAGAGCUGCAGCCAACACAUCUACAUCUGUUGCAACAAUAAAUAUAACAGCACUUCUAACAACCACCACAGUUGCUGGAACUACAACCACAGCUGCAGCCAACACACCUACAUCUGCUGCAACAUUAAAUAUAACAACCACCACAGUUGCUACAACACCAACAGCAGCUCCAACAACAACCACAGUUGCUACAACACCAACAGCAGCUCCAACAACAACCACAGUUGCUCCCAUACCAGUUGUUAUUCUUACCGCAGUUGUUGUCACACCCUAUCAACCUGCGCUUGCCGAUAAAAGCAGUCCACAAUUUAAGGCACUUGAGGCACAAGUGGUACAAGUGUAUGAUGUUAUUUAUAAAGCUCGAUAUGGCCGACUUUUCAUCCGUGUUAUUGUUAUAGCAUUUAGAUCUGCUGCGACGAGAACGCGUGAGUCUAACACUGAAGCAGAGGUACAGCUUGUGUUUAACGAAACUGCAACACCUGCAGAAAUCCCAAAGGCUGCAGAUGUAGCACAAACCUUAAAAGAAGCUGUGUCAAAUCCCAACAAUACUUUCAACUUAACUGUUGAUGCUGCAUCUGUCCAAGUAUUAACAAUAAUCCCAACAACUGCAGUCCCCACAGUCAAUACUACUGAUACUGGAAACACAACCAGAGCUGCAGCCAACACAUCUACAUCUGUUGCAACAAUAAAUAUAACAGCACUUCUAACAACCACCACAGUUGCUGGAACUACAACCACAGCUGCAGCCAACACACCUACAUCUGCUGCAACAUUAAAUAUAACAACCACCACAGUUGCUACAACACCAACAGCAGCUCCAACAACAACCACAGUUGCUACAACACCAACAGCAGCUCCAACAACAACCACAGUUGCUACAACACCAACAGCAGCUCCAACAACAGUGAAGCUGUUGCAAUUUCGAUCUGUUGGAGAGACAUUUACUAAUGACUUGCUGAAUUCAUCAUCUACAGUGUUCAAAACACGAGCCAAUUUGACAGUGACAACAAUUGAACCUUUCUACAAGAGAGCAUUUCCUUCAUUUCGUUCAUUAAGUGUGACUGGAUUCAGCAAUGGAUCAAUCAUCACUGACAUUACCAUUCGGUUUGAAUCUACAUCAGUCCCAAAUAACACUGAGAUUGGAAAUGUUUUGAUCAAUGCAGCACCAAACAUAACAGUUUUCACCAUUACCAGAGACUCUGUUGUUGUCAGUGACAUAGCAACAACUGUUGGUACUACUGGUGCUACUACAGCUACAAAUACAAGCAUGGCAACUCCUACAACCGCCACAUCUGUAACAACUGUUGAGUCAGUAACAGAACUACUGCUACAAUUCAAAUCAAAUGAAAUAUUUAUACAAGGCUUGGCCGAUCAGACAUCUACUGCAUUUAAAAAUCGAAGCACACUGAUAGCGACAACACUUACAUCCUUUUACAGCAGAGCAUUUUCUUCAUUCCGCUCACUGAGAGUCAUUUUUUUCAGUCCUGGAUCAAUUAUCAACAACUUGGCCAUUGGAUUUUCAUCUUCAUCGGUUCCUAAUCCAAGUGAGAUUGGAAAGGUUUUGAUCAAUGCAGCAUCCAACAUAACAUCCUUCAACAUUAACACCACCUCUGUGUCUGUGAAUGGCAUACAAGUAUCACAUGCAGUGAGCCACAACAUCAGUCUCCUCACUGCAUCCUGCAUGGUGCUGCUGUCAUGGCUGCUGUCAGGCCAGCAAUAAUAUCUGUGCUGCUGCUCUUCUUAAAUCACUUUAGAAAUGUCUGCUGUGACUGUGUAUGAAAAGGACUUUGUUCCCAAUGGAAAACCAAGAAGAUCUUCUGGUAGAGAGCAAUCAUAGUAUGGCUUAGAAGGAACUAUGCUAAAAUUAACCUUUGUGUUAUCAUCGAUAUUUACAUAAUUUCUAACAAAUUAGACAUUGAUUAUCAAUGUGUAAUACAAGUCCUGUGAUGCAGUCAUAAUCAAAGGUGGACAUAUUAAUUCAAUCAUGUUUUAAUCCAUAAAGGGUCUCCUGAGCUUGUGAUUCUGAUGGAAAAGAAUGAAAGUGAUAUUUAGAAACAACUAUGUAUUAAAUUUAAAGUUGCACAUUAACAAUGAAGGAUAACUGCAAAAGCACAUCUACUUAAUCAUAACUCAUAUCCUGAAUGGAAAUUUUAAUCAUUUUCCUGUUGAUAUUCCUCGACUCACAUCCAUGAAGGAAAGAACCUAAUCCACUGAAAAAGUAAUGUGUGUAAUUAUUAAUGAAUAAUAUAAGGUCAGAUUGUGUGAAAUGAAUGAAAGUGACAUGAUCUCCACACCCUCACCCCUCACCCCCACAGCUCCUCCAACAAACUGGACACAGCUGGACUGUGGCAUUCCUGAAAUAUAAGCUGCACGAACAAUGUCCUGUAUGAUCACCCAAUCACGUUUUAUAUAUUUAAAUCUAUUUAUACUGUGUGUGACUGUUCCUAUAAUUUAUAUGCUUAUAGUAAGGAACAACAAUACAAAAUGAUUAGUUUACUCAUAUCAAAAAUUAAAAACACAACAAAUAUCUAGAUUUUAUCAAUGUAAUGCCUGUUUUCCUUCUCAAGUAAGUCCAAAAAAAUAGU